ACAUCAUUCAUGAACGGCUAUUUUAAUAGUGUGACCAGCAUAGGGGUCGGACGUUUAGCGAAACUAAAAGCGAAAAUAAUUCUUUUCAAAUUAACUUCAUUCUAAGAUUUGGUGGUUAAUAGCUUUCUUGUUGCAGAUGGUGAUUGAUAAGUACUUARGACAUAUUUCAUGAUUACUAGAAUUACAACUAAACAUCUGUUCAUUGAGGCCUUGARCUAAACGAUAGCACGGCAAAAAAGUGAUCGAGCUGAGAGCGAUARACACACCAAAACACCAAAAACCCCUAGUGAACGACCAUGUCUUCAAAUGCAACAGCUUCAGCCAUGGCCAAUGCGACUUUUCCAGGAUUCCAAGACACUCUUCCUMMMAAGAUCAUUAAGGUAAUGRUGUACUGCAUCCUAYUUGUAGUGUCAUUCACUGGYAACCUGCUUAUUGUAUGGGCAACAAGUAGAGACAUUCGACUAAGAAGUACGACCAAUAUUCUGAUUGCUAACAUGGCGGUCAGUGACCUAAUCUUUGCUUUAUUCGCGAUUCCAAGACAUAUUCUUCAUGUCAUCUUUUAUCCAGAAAUAUGGCUUAUUGRCGGUGACUUUGGCAUAGCUCUUUGCAAGCUAGCACAUUAUCUGCAAGACGUUUCUUUGGACGUUUCGAUUUACAGCUGUGUGUUUAUCGCUCUAGAUCGCUUUUACGCUGUAGUUUAUCCCCUCAGAAGAGGUUUGAGCAAGGGAAAACUCAAGUACAUUAUUCUAGGGAUCURGGUGUUUUCGAUGGCCAUUUUUUUCSAUUAUUUUUUYUCUGUUACGAUUGUGAAGACAGAUGACUCGACAAAAUGCAUUCAAGAUAAGACAAGAAUUGGUGUUACAACAAACCUAUACUUAAGGAUUUACAUUUUUAUAAUGUUUGCGCUGAGUGUUGGAAUCCCAUUACCUAUCAUCUCUAUCCUCUACUUACGUAUCGCUCUCAAGCUCCGACGAGCAUCAGUCCCAGGGCAAGCAGGGAACACUUCAUCUGUGAGGCAGCGUCAAAACAAGAAUGCCCUCAAAAUGUCCGCCGUUGUUGUCAGCCUUUUCUUCCUCAGCUGGUUUCCUUUGACAGUGUACUCAGUAUUUUUGAGUCUUUUUUCGAACCUUGAUAGCUUGUCAACGGCUGCCAGGAAAAAAAUAUUUUUCUCAGUGACAUUCAUUGCCCAAUCGAGUUGCUGCUACAACUUYUUUAUCUAUUUAAUGUUCACUCAAGUUUAUCGACAGAAUUUCAAAAACUUGUUUUCAAAAUGUACCUGUGUCAAUCCUUGUUCAAGAAGAAUUCGCACCAAUUCGUUUGCUCUUGAGAACGUGGACCCAGUUGAACAAGAAGAAAUGGACGUUGGUGGGUUAAAUGAACUGAAUUAAAUAGGAUAUUGUAUGAGACUCACUCAGGUAUUGGUAUGAAGARAUAACGUUCCAACGAGACCGGAGAAGUGCGGUUCCUCUUCUUAAGCAAAACUAACUGACAACAUUUUAUUUUCUUAAAAAUCGUAAUCCUAAAGUUCUAUYCCUAAAGUUAUUCCUACUGACGUUUACCACCGUGAACUGARAUGAAUUCACGUAGCAUUAGUUUAGCUUAGUUUCACCAGAAUUGUGACUAGUCUUAAGAAAAACUAUUGUGUCGACGAGAACUUGAAUACUCUAUCCCCGACCACAUAUUAUUUAUAACCCUUAUAUAUUGAAAAUUUAGAGUGGAUUCUGUAAUGAUUUGAAACUUUGGAUUCACAAUCAUUUAAAUUCAGGUAAAUGAAAAAAUGUAAACCAGACAGGAUUUGUUUAAAGUUAUCCAAUAAGCAUG